AUGGGAGAACCAGACAACUGGGUGUCCGUACAGGAAGGCCCUGCGUUUCAGCCGCGUAAACUCAAGGUUGUUUGCAUAGGCGCUGGGUACGCUGGGCUGAUGCUCUCGUAUCAGUACAAGCAUGGAGACACGCCUUUGGAGCAAUUUAUGGAUCUGAAGAUCUAUGAGAAGAAUGAUAAUAUCGGGGGAACUUGGCUGGUCAAUAAAUAUCCCGGGGUUGCGUGCGACGUUCCCGCACAUAUCUACACAUUCCCCUUUGAGCCGAAUCCCUCUUGGAGCCAGUUCUAUGCCACAGUUUGGGACGAUGACACCAGCAAGUGGCGCCUCGAAAUCAAACAGGGUCAUAAUCAUGAUAUCAUCCAGGAGGAAGCAUAUAUCGUCAUCAACGCCACUGGGUUCCUCAGCAAAUGGACCUGGCCUACGAUACCUGGACUGGAUAAGUUCAAGGGGAAAAUGGUCCACACCGCUGCCUGGGAUACAAGUCUUGACUGGUCCGGCAAGAGAGUCGCCAUCAUCGGAAACGGCUCUUCCGCUGUUCAAGUCCUUCCACAAAUGCAACCUACAACAGCCAAGAUCGUCAAUUAUGCGCGCAGCCCGCUUUGGAUCAGUAGCGCAUUCGCCUCAGAGUUUACACCUGAGGGCAAGAACUUUACAUACACCGAUCAAGAGAUCCAAGCAUUCAAGGAUGAUGAGGGCAUGUUAUUUAAGCUCCGUCAUAGUAUCGAGCAUUCCUUCAACAAAUUCUUCAAGGUCUCUCUUAUGGAUAUUCCAGAGCAGAAACAGGCUUUCCAGUUCUUCAAGGCGAAAAUGGAGGAAGCACUCAACCACGACCCCGUUCUGCGCGCCAAACUUAUCCCGACAUUUCAAGUCGGUUGUCGCCGACUCUCUCCCGCAAGACAACUCACCCUCCAAGAUGAGGCUAUCCAGGAGAUUGUUGAGACUGGGAUCCGCAGCCUAACAAAGACGGAAGAGUUUGAUAUAAUUGUCUGCGCGACAGGCUUCGAUGUCAGCUUUAUUCCGGGAUGGAAAGUUGUGGGCCAGAAUGGGAUUUCACUUGCUGAGCAGUGGAAAGAUGCCCCAGAGGCCUACUUUGGGGUAUUUGCUGCCAACAUGCCGAAUUUCUUGACUGUCAACGGACCAAACACUCCUUUAGCACAUGAAAGCUUACUGGCCGUGAUGUCGUUCACGGUGGACUACAUCGCAAGAUGGAUCCGGAAAAUAUCGACACAGAAUAUCGAGUCAGUCCAAGUCCGUCAGGAUGCGUUGGAUGACUUCAAUACCUACGCCCAAGAAUUGAUCAAGGGGACUGUUUGGACGGGCGACUGCAGGUCCUGGUUCAAAAAGGGAAAGGCAGACGGUAGGGUGACGGCUAUGUACCCUGGUAGUGUCAUUCACUACAAGGAGAUUCUGGAUGAGUUUAGAACUGAGGACUUCGAGUAUAAGUAUAUCAGCGGGAACCGGUUUCAGUUCAUGGGUAGUGGAGUGACGUUUAGAGAGAAUAACGACGAGGACUUGGCAUGGUAUAUGCGGAAAUAG